AUGGAACCUGCAAAUUACACCAGAGUGACAGAGUUUGUUCUCACUGGCCUAUCCCAGACUCGAGAGGUACAACUAGUCCUAUUUGUUAUAUUUCUAUCCUUCUAUUUGUUCAUCCUUCCAGGAAAUAUUCUUAUUAUUUGCACAAUCAGGCUUGACCCUCAUUUGACCUCACCCAUGUAUUUCCUGUUGGCUAAUCUGGCCUUCCUUGACAUUUGGUACUCCUCCAUCACAGCCCCUAAAAUGCUCAUAGACUUCUUUGUGGAAAGGAAGAGAAUUUCCUUUGGUGGGUGCAUUGCACAGCUCUUUUUCUUGCACUUUGUUGGAGCUUCAGAGAUGUUCCUGCUCACAGUAAUGGCGUUUGACCGCUAUGCUGCUAUCUGCCGUCCUCUCCACUAUGCUACUAUCAUGAAUCGACGUCUCUGCAGUAUCCUGGUGGUUCUCUCCUGGUUGGGGGGCUUUAUUCAUUCUAUAAUACAAGUGGCUCUCAUUGUUCGACUUCCGUUCUGUGGGCCCAAUGAGUUAGACAGUUACUUCUGUGACAUCACGCAGGUUAUCCGGAUUGCCUGUGCCAAUACCUUCCCGGAGGAAUUAGUGAUGGUUUUUAGCAGUGGUCUGAUCUCUGUGGUAUGUUUCAUUGCUCUCUUAAUGUCCUACGCCUUCCUCCUGGCCAUGCUUAAGAAACAUUCAGGCUCAGAUGAGAGUACCAGCCGGGCCAUGUCCACCUGCUAUUCCCACAUCACCAUUGUGGUAUUUAUGUUUGGGCCAUCCAUCUACAUUUAUGCUCGCCCAUUUGACUCUUUUUCCCUAGAUAAAGUGGUGUCAGUGUUCCAUACUGUGAUAUUCCCUUUACUUAAUCCCAUUAUCUAUACCUUGCGAAAUAAGGAAGUAAAGACAGCCAUGAGGAAGUUGGUCAACAGAUAUAUUUUAUGUAAAGAGAAGUGA